AUACACCUCCCCACAAAGAAAGGAUCCGCCGGAUGUCCAAGAGCCGCAAGUCGCUGCGCAUCGUCGUCGACGAGCCCGACGUGGCGCCGACGCCCAAGGCCACCGCCGACGAGUGGUGGCGCUACAGCCUCCCGCCGCCUGGGCACCUCGGCAAGCACACGAUCGACGAGCCGCGCCAGUGUCCUCUCCUGGCAACGAGCACGAGUACGAAUCCCAAUAGCAGUAGCAGUACGAGCCGAAGUACGUCCAGCUACAGCGAGCAUGCGGACCAGUUCACGACGCCGCAGAGCAAGAGCCAUGCGCUGCUCCUGCCGCGUGGCACGACGCCGCUGCUCGCCGCCAAACGCGCGCUCUUCCAGUCGGCGACGACAGCCACCAUUUCGCCGCCGACGACCAAGCGCAGCGCCGAGACCGCCGACCUCGACGCGCGACCGCGGGCCAAGUACGCCAAGGCGUCGCACCCGUCGUGAGAUCUCGUAGUCGUACUCUAGCCCUAG